AUGCCUAUGGACGAAGCCGCCCUUGCAAGCAUAGAUAGAGCCGCCGAGAUUGGAUACGCCCGUCAUGGCGCUCCUCCCUCAAAUCAGCCUAUUGCAGGACCCUCUAGAGUCGGCGGUCUCGCCCGCGUACCUUCCAAGACUACACAAAUGAAUCUAUUUGGAGAAGUCGCGCGCGAAGGGGAACCUCCAAAGGCUGCAGCACCGAGCCAUAGGACGUUUGAGCAGACUCGGUCCAAGCUGCGGCAGAUGCCACUUCCAGGACAGGCGAAGAGGACCAAACUGUGGGACCGGACCGCAUAUGCGAAGUCGGGCUGGAGGAAACCCAAGCCAGACCCGGAGAAGGAGAAGGGGAAGGGCCGUGGCAUGGAUGACGAGGACGACGAAGAGCCGAUCGAGUUUGAGCAGUUUCCAGCUCCAGCAAUAUCCGUCGGUCCGACGCCCACGAUAAAACUUGUCCCGGAUCGGUUAGCUGCGAAGUCCUGGAUAUAUCCCCUCAACAAACCGAAGCGCGAGUAUCAGUACAACAUCGUGAAGAACUGUCUCCUCGAGAAUACUUUGGUUGCGCUUCCAACUGGUCUCGGGAAAACGUUCAUCGCCGGAGUUGUUAUGCUCAAUUUUUACAAUUGGUUUCCUCAGGGAAAGGUGAUUUUCGUCGCCCCGACCAAGCCGCUCGUAGCCCAGCAAAUAGAUGCGUGCCAUCAGACUUGUGGCAUACCGGGUAGCGCAGCCGCGGAAAUGACUGGCAGUGUGCCCAUGGCCAAGCGUGCAAAUGCGUGGAAGACACAGAGAGUGUUCUACGCCACGCCGCAAACGUUCUUGAAUGACCUCAUCCGAGGUAUUGUCGACCCCCUCGAUAUUGUGCUGAUCGUGAUCGACGAGGCACACAGAGGCACGGGCGAUUAUGCCUAUGCACAGGUCGUGCGAUACAUGAUGCAGCACAACCCACACCACCGUAUACUCGCUCUAACUGCAACCCCAGGCGGCAAACCAGAAGUGGUCCAGGAGAUCGUCGACGCCUUACACAUCAGCCAUAUUGAAAUCCGCAGCGAGACUGACCCCGACCUCAAAAAGUACCUCCACACCAAACACGAGCAAGAGCACUUCGUUCAGAUGACCGAAGACAUUUGUGUACUUCGAGAUGCACUGUCGGCUAUGAUGGUGCCUCUCAUCAAGAAGAUCCAAGGUGCUGGGUUUCUGAAAAACGGAAACACGCAACCCACGAUGCUGCACCCAUAUCGAUGCCAGUCGACACUCGGAGAGAUGACGAAAGCUCGUGCUCCACACAAUGGGAUAUUUGGUAUGAAGCAGCCCCACAUGGAGAUGAGCAUCAACAUGUGCUACGGCUUCCUAAAGGGCAUCGCCGAGGGCGCCGACGACAGCAGUGGGAAGAAAGCUAUCCGGAAGUCCGACGCCUUCAAAAGCCUCAUGGCCAAGUUCGAAGAACAAGCCGCCCGUGGCUUGUCGAUGCACCCGAAGAUGGACGUCUUGCGCACCCUGCUGAUUGAUCACUUCGCUCAGCGAUUGCCCGACGACACCGAUGGAGGUGCGCGCGCUGGCGAAUCUCGCGCGAUGGUGUUUGUGUCUUUCCGUGAGUGCGUCGAGGAAAUCGUUGAGCUCCUGAACAAGGAGUCUCCGAUCAUCCGAGCCAAGCCCUUCAUCGGACAAGGGACGGACAAGCAGGGCAAGAAGGGGUAUGCCCAGAAGGAGCAACUCGAGGUCAUCGAACAGUUCAAGGCCGGCAAAUACAAUGUCCUUGUCUCAACUUCAAUCGGCGAGGAAGGUCUCGACAUCGGCGAAGUCGACCUCAUCGUUUGUUACGAUGCACAGAAGACACCUAUCCGCAUGUUACAACGCAUCGGACGAACGGGCCGUAAGGCGUCCGGCACUGUGCACAUCCUCCUCGCGCAAGGCCGAGAAGAGCAGAAUUGGCAAAAGGCACAGUCUAACUACGCCAAUGUCCAGCACUUCAUCGUACGCGCGUCAGACCUCGAGGUCUAUGGGGACGUCGACCGGCUCCUUCCCCCCGACAUUGAGCCCGAAUGCAGGGAGAUGGAGAUGGAGAUUGAGCCAUACAUCCGCGAGGAGCGCCCGUCCCGCAAGGGCUCCAAUGCGACCGGUUCGCCAAAGGGCCCGAAGCGGAAGCGCAACGAUGACCCCAUGCGUAACAUUCCGGCGGCGGCAGCGAAGGGCUUCGUUAGUGUGGCCGAGCUGCUCACAAAGGGCAGUGCGGCCCGCAAGAAGGCAACCCAGAAGCUGAGCAAGGUGGAUUGGGAGCAUGCGGACGAGGAUGACUCCGAUGACGAAGAUAUUGAGGCUGGUCUCUUCGCGCAGCCUCGGAGGGUGAAGUCGACAUCUGCGGCGGACUCGUCUAAGGGCAAAGGGAAGAAGGUCCUUGCUCGGAGUGCGACGGCGGCAGGGCCUAGGAAGAAAGCAUCAGGGCCGAAGAAGAAGGGCGCGCAGCAGACGACGCUGACACAGCUGGAUCUCGUCUCAAGUGACGACACGGACGAUGAGGCGAUUGAGCGAGGUUUGCCAUUACCCUCAAAGCCCGCCACCACAGCACACAAGCCCAAGGCAAGACAAUCUAGUACACCUCCAGUAUUCCGCUCCGCGAGAUUGAUCCUCGAGCGAUCGAGUUCACCGGAGAUACCUUUGAAGGACGUCGUUGGCAUCAUCGACCUUCCCGAUCCCGACCAGACACGCUCGGGCGCUGCGAUGCUGGACUCCUCUCCCGUUCAACGGUCGAAAAGGUCGUGCCUUAAGAUCCUAGAUUCUUCGCAUGAGCGUCCUCUCAAGCAAGGGCUUCUAUCGCGAAGCACCAGUGACCAGAGCCAGGAAAGCAGGCGGUCGCUACCUCCAGGGUCGUCAAACCCACCAGAGUGCUCUACUUCCCCAACUUCCUGCAGUGCCUCCGCAGAGAAACAGGCCCCAGGAGCCGACAGUAUGGCGUGGCUUAUCGAGGACGACGAGGAUCCCGACAUCCCUGAACUCUCUGCCGCACCUGGUCCUUCACGGCCGAUGGCCCCCGCUGGUUCAUUUUCCGAUGAGCCUCUCUUCCUGUCAUCUCCUGUGCGUGAGAUGUCCCCGCUCAGACUACCGUCUGAUGACUACGAGGUUGAAUUCGUAGACGAGCCCCACCCGAAACCAUCGUCUCGUCCAUCAGCCAGCAAUUCCAUCUCAUCGCCGAGGAGGUCAAUAACGUCUCGCAAGUCGGACAUGGGGCCUCCCGCGCUGCCGUCCAACCUUGUACCUGUCUCUCCAUCGCUCUCCGACGACUUGCCACCCGAGCCUUCUUUCGCUGUCAGACCUCCGGGCAAGCAAGCACGCAGACGAGUGGCAGGAGACGUUCUUGACCUAGAAUCCUCUCCUCUUGCGCCUCCUCCAGCAUCCCAACGUCGCUUGAAACAUGAGCGUCCCAAGUCACCCACCCCUCCCCCCGCUCAGCCGCUCAGGAAGAAGAAGCGCAAAUUUAAAGACACUGCAGAAGCCCAGCGACACAACCCCUGGAUCGACGUUGAGGCAACCCACUCGGGCGACGAAAUGAGCGUCGGGUCCUCACAGCCCGACCUCGACUAUAUCGUCCCUGACAGCGACGAUCACGCUUUUCUGGAGGAGCCAGCAGAGACGCAAGUGUCCCCGUCUUACGACCAAAGCGCCGUCUACCGUCGGAGCCUCAUGACGCAGGCUCCGGGAGGUGGCGGGCCCGUUUUUGCGAACAGACCCGCUAGACGCGGCCAGGCGGCACUGAGGCUAGAUCGCGGUGGGACGUCGAGAUAUCGGCGCGCAUUAACUCCGCCGUUACGAGACGAUGAGGACGAUUACGAGCGUGACAGCUUCGUAGUCGACGAUGAUGCAGAGAUUGCCUACACGCAGGCACCUUCAAGCGAUUUGUGA